ACAAGACUAUGUGAAGACAAAAACUUUGACAUUUUUCCCUUAUUCCGUCCAUUUCCUAAGCUAUAGAAAUGUCCUCUCAAGGUGAAGAUAGAGCGCUGAUAUUCCGCCUGUCCGAUAACGUGCCAGAGGUGGUCCGACAGGUUCUCCUGGAGCGCUCGUGGCAGGAGUGGGACGAAGACUUACACGAGGAGUACGACUGGAAUCUACACUGGCGUACCACAAGGUUCCGGGUCUCCGACUAUAACCAGACAAUGUCGUGGCAACGGCUCAACCACUACCCAAAGACGGACGCCAUCACCAAGAAGGAUUGUCUUGCCCGGAACCUGCGGCGAAUGAGAGGAGUGUUUGGCCCCACCGUGUACAGCUUUAGUCCACAAGCGUUCAACCUUCCUAACGACUACACAAAGUUUGUAGCAGAGUACACAAAACUGAAGCAAGCAGAACCCGAUAAACCGCACUUCUGGAUAUGUAAACCUGCGGACAUGUCUCGCGGACGUGGAAUCUUCAUCUUCCGUGAUCUAGGGGAGCUGACGUAUGACUGUCAAGCUGUCGUGCAGAGAUACAUGACAAACCCACUGCUUAUAUCUGGUUACAAGUUCGACCUCCGUAUCUACGUCUGCGUCCCAAGUUUCCAUCCCUUGACAGUGUACAUCUACCAGGAGGGUAUUGUUCGCUUUAGUACAGAGAAGUUCGACCUGUCCACCAUUGACAAUGUCUUCUCCCAUCUCACCAACACAAGCAUCAACAAGUUCAGUCCUUCCUACUCCACAGACAAGGAGCGCGUUGGGCCGGGGUGCAAGUGGACCUUGUCGCAGCUGCGGACCUAUUUCCACCAAUCCAACCUUGACGACCGAAUGCUGUGGCAGCGGAUCAGCAAUAUCGUGACCUUGACCCUGUUGUGUCAGGUGCCGACUGUUCCGAAGGCUCCGUACUGCUGCGAGUUGUUUGGGUUUGACAUACUGAUCGAUGAGAACAUGAAGCCGUGGCUGCUGGAGGUCAACUUCAGCCCUGCCCUGAGCGUGGACUGCCAGGCUGACUUGCUUGUUAAGAAACCCAUGCUGCACGACUUUGUCGAAAUCAUGAACUUUAAGGAGUCGGACUGUGAACGGGGAGGCCAGGAGUUCCGUGCUAGUAAAAUCAACGCGUCAUACAGUGCCACCUCACCUCGAUACAGUAGGACUCUUAGACGUAGGAGUAGCUUUAAUUCUAAGCCUUCACCAAGGGGAAGCAUGCUUUCAACAGGGAAUGGGAAAGGUUUGAAGCAGGGAUCGUCCCGCACCAGUCCGACGUUGCCGCCUCUGUCACCGCGCCGUGGCUCCACCACCAGCCUGGGGAGCAGUACCAGCAGUCAGAGUCCCAGCCUCAGCGGAGAUGAUGCAGCUGGGGAGGAGGAGGGAGACGGUUUCCAUGGAGACAGCAACCAUGGUGAAGGGGAGGACGAGAGUCGUCUAGAACCCAUCAAGGAGGGACAUAGAACUGAUUACACCUCCCCGAGGACAACGCCGGUUCAGAACCUGAGUCGGAGGUUGUCGCUUCCCGAGGUUCAAAGUCAAACUCCUGGUCAGAGGAGGAAGUUAUCGUUCCAAGUAAGGAGGGAGAAAAGCAAGAGCCAUAAAAUCACUACAGCAGCUGCCGCUCGCAGGGCACAGAUGAUAGAGGAGCAACGAAUCAAAACUAAGUCUGCACCAACCACAGACCAGCUGACCAAUCACAGCAGUGCCUCUCCUAAGUCAGCCAACCAGCAGGCAGUUUCAAAUGAGGAACAGGGCAGUGCAUCAACCAAUGAUGACAAGUCUUCUGAUAAAGAAGAAAAUGAAAAUAGAGAAGAGAGCAAUGCAGGAAACAAAGAUGUCUGUACUGAAGAAGAUAUCUCAACACCGACAAACAAUAAUAACUCUACCCAAGCAAGGGUAUCAACUAGUAAACCUAAAGAGGUGCAGACCCCAAGGAGAAGAUACUCCUAUCCCUUAAACCGACAAUCCAACCCAUCUGCUCAGGUGGGAAACCCAGGAGUGAACAGAACUGAGACCAGUAGGAGGGUCAGUGUGUCCGGUACCCCCACAUCCAUGACAAGCAGCAGGCCACGCAGGCCGCUGUACCAGAGAACUACCAAUCCCACUCAGGACUCCGACAACAAGAGCAGGGCUCAGGGCCCGCUGCCCCGGGUAGGAGAUUUCAUUCUCACGUAUCCGUUCAACGAGGCCACGAAGAAGGCGUCGUGGCCGAACGUGGACCAGCGCUCCAUCAUCCGUGAGCUGCAGAGGCAGCUGAGACAGACGCUGAAACACGUGCAGACCUGCAAGACUCAGCGCACCACGCAGGACAUCAUCACCGGGGGUAACAUGAUGACCAGCAUCUAUGGGCAGGGCCAGGUGGAGGACAGCGUGAGGUGGGGCCCUGUUGCCUUGACAACCAUGGGUCAUGGAUAAACUGCAGGUUUUUUCACUUUGAGUACAAGUUUCAAGGUUAACUUGGAGAAGAUGGUUACCAGGGUAAUGUGUUUCCAUGACAAUAUACCUUGCAAUAACAAUACCAAGCUGCUGCUGAGGAGGAAGAUGGAAUAAGUUCAUGUACAAUACAAGACAUGAGUUUCAGUGCUAUAUUUUGUAGCUGACUCAUAUGAAAAGUACUUUUCAUGGCAUUUAGGCAAGGAUAAGUUCAUCACAAUACGUCCUUAAUGUGUGUAUAUAUCGUAAUGAUUAUAGAGUUUGCUGCCAAGGGACAUGUUGACAUUCACGUUUGAAAGUUUCGCAACAUUUGUGCCUUGUGUGGCAGGGGUUAAAAUGAUUUGGGUUGUUAACCAGAGAAUUGCAGAACUGAUGUUUUAUACAGCUGGGCAGCUGUAUUCAUGUGAAGUCAGCACCUGUUUCAGGUGUCUCUGAUGUACAUGAACAAGCAUUGACAAAAUUGUUGUGACUGACAAUCCGUCCAGAAAUACUGCUCUGUAAGAAGGUUUUAGUGUGUUUCACUUUAAAUACUCAUGUUUUACAUAAUAUGUUAAAAUUCCCAUAAAUUAAUUAAUGAUAUUGAUAUUGCUGGCAGGGUUUGUAGAGGGGUUGUAACUUAUGGAAGAUACUAAAAUUCUAUGUUUUGGCAAGGGUUUUUCAAUCUUAAAGGGAAAAUUCUGAUAUGGCAAAUAUGUUCAGUCUUUCAUGCUGAAUUUAAAGAUAUAUGAUUGUGUGUUGAAGUGUUCACUGUAUGAAAUAUAAUAUUAUAUAAACAUUUGAAGUCUUACCAUAUAAAAAAAGGUACAUGUAGUUUACUGGUUAUGCAGCACUUUGAUACACAUGAGCUAAUGUGAAAAACAAAGCAUUGUUGGUGAAAUUGCAGUUGCCUGCAUGUCUACAAUGGGAAGGGGAGAAUGACAAUAUUUGGUCUUUUUUUAAUGCCGUAAAGAUGCAAUUUUGAUGUACAUGUAAUAUCCAUUCACAAGGCAUGUUAGCAGCUCUAAAGAAGACCACUAUGAUAAACACACUAUAUGCAUUUUCUGAAUGUUCUUGGUUCGUGUAACCAUUGUUCUUGUGAACACAGUGCCCAGUAAGCUAUUGGUGCAGUGUUGGAUUUUCUGCCAAUUUGAAAAUUGUUAGUGUGAAGCUUUUACUAUUAAUUAAAACUUGCAGUUUUGAAUUUCCAUCAUAAUAUUGACGUAUGGUUAAAAGGUUCAUUACUGAACAUAAUAUGUGAAUCCGUCCAGUGCUUCAAAAUAAUAAUUUAGUUUUCGGUAUUAGAAAUGAGGCCAAAAAGUUACUCUUUUUUCAAAUCAUUUUUGAACAGAUUUUACUGAAUUAUUUUUGUAUAGACUAUAUAAAAGAGUAACCAAAGACUUGUGUAGGUCAAUUUUCUACUUGUUGGCUCUGUGUGUGCUUUGGUCAAAUGCAUAUUGGUCAAUUUCUGUAUGGCUCUAACUAAGGACCUUGCUUGCUGUGAUUUAACAUACUAGCUAUGCAAUGCUAAUGUCCUUGUCAUUGUUGAAAUAAAACAUAACUCACUGUGAAGGACCAUA